GUCGUUGCUGUUUACGUCAGUCGGUCAUGAUGGUGUGGUUCUCGGGUCCUUCGGCAGCGGCGUGUAGUGGUAUUUCAGAAGAGUCGUGAUUUAUUUCGGUACUACCGAAACAACAUCGCCUGUUUCCACCUGUCAAACGGUCACCCUUGGUUACAAAGGUGGGCGGAGCAGGCACGUGCGGUGCCCGCUGCUGCCAUGCCACUGUUUGGCAAGUCCCAGAAGAGUCCCUACGAGCUGGUCAAGGUCCUGCGGGAGGCCGUGCUGGCAUUGGAGCGGGGGGACAAGAAAGCUGAGAAGCUGCCGACAACUUUGGGAAAGGCGCUGCGCGCCCAGGAAGAUGUCUCCAAGCACCUGGUGAUGAUGAAGAACAUGCUGUAUGGCACGUGCGAUACAGAGCCCCAGACGGACAUUGUGGUGGCCCAGCUGGCACAAGAGCUGUACAACACCAACCUGCUGCUCCUGCUGGUGCAGAACCUUUCCAAGAUUGACUUUGAGGGCAAGAAAGAUGUCGCCCAGAUCUUCAACAACAUCCUACGACGGCAAAUAGGCACACGUUCACCAACAGUAGACUAUAUUUGUACGAAGCCAGACAUCCUCUUUACACUAAUUCAAGGGUACGAGAAGCAGGACAUCGCACUCAACUGUGGCACCAUGCUGCGAGAGUGUGCUCGGUACGAAGCCCUGGCAAAGAUCAUCCUCUACUCGGACGAGUUCUACAACUUCUUCAAGUACGUCGAAGUGUCCACAUUCGACAUUGCCUCCGAUGCAUUCUCCACCUUCAAGGAACUGCUGACGCGCCACAAGAUGGUCUGUGCAGAGUUUCUCGAGCAGCACUAUGACAAGGUGUUCUCUCACUACCAGAACCUCCUCAACUCUGAAAAUUACGUCACAAGGCGGCAAUCCCUCAAGCUUCUAGGCGAGCUCCUGCUGGAUAGGCACAACUUCAGCAUUAUGACACGCUACAUCAGCAAUCCAGAAAACCUAAAGCUCAUGAUGAACAUGCUCAAGGAAAAGAGCCGCAACAUUCAAUUUGAAGCGUUCCAUGUAUUUAAGGAACAGCAAUGUUGUUCAAGGCCGAAAUACAAAUUGUUAUUGGCGGAAGCUACAUCUUCUUUUACGUGGAUGGAAACCUGGUGUAAUGAUGUUCUGCAGUCAUGGCACGGAUAUAGGCCAAGAAUCGGCCAGAACCAGGUGGCUUCUUUUCUAAGGAGAGAUGCCGAAAAACAAGAAUAGCAAUCAACUGAAUGGUCGGACAGUGCAACAAUUGUCCUUAUGUAAUAGCCAAGUGUUGAAGCCCCACAGAUAGUACACUUCAGCAAUACUUAAUCGAAGUCGAGUCUGGCAAAGUGGAGCUUCAAGAAAUUUUAUUCACUGGCUUGAAUAUUGUCGCACGAUAAUUAGCUGGGACCGAUCUACUUAAGUGAAAAUUUCAAGAGCAGGAUGCAACAGUGUUUACCUGGGGUAUGCAAUGAGGACACCAUUGUUUGUCCAGCUGAAACGGAGGUCUUGAAAAUCUCUAAAUGUCAGCGAUGAAUUUGUAGGAAAAAAAAAAGAAAGGAAAUCUACUAUUUUGUAAAAGAAAAAAAAAAUGUUUUCUCGCUGACAUAAUCUGUAUCAGCUAAAAUAAACAUUAUAGGUUCACUGAGAGAUGUUCCAGCUAUUAAAUCUGUCUUUUAUUUAUAAACCACGGUUGCCUGGCACCCACAGCAAACGAAUAUUUGUGAACUUGCAGAGACUAAAUAUUAGAACAUGGUAAAGGGGGAUAUUAGAGUAAAUGGAUCACUUUUAAGUGGAAACUUUAGCUUGUAGAGAAAUCAUUCACUGCACCAAGUUAGAUGAGGCUUGCUGAACUUUAGAAGAAAAACAUUCAAGUCUAGUAUGUGUGGAAAGCAGAUUUUUUAUUAAGACAUUAAUUAACCAAAAUUGUUAAAAAUUACAAAAUUAGAAAAAAAAAUUUUACAAUUGAAACUCUGCAGUAAAGUGCGAUACCACGAUUCUGCAAACUGAACCUAUUGACAUCCAACAAGGACAAAAAUGUAUUAAUAUGCCACUCUAAAAUACACCACUAACUUGUGAGUAUGACUUUCUAAGUGAUUUUCUAAGCGACUUUCUGAAUAACCCUUUUAAAUGUAACAAAUUAAGAUAAGCUGUGAACUUGUACAGAGUCAGACUGUACAUUUCUGACUGUAGGUCUGAAAUUGUAUUAAUUGAAGCCACCACCGUUGCUGUUUUAUCUGGUAGCCUUGAACCAGCAUUCUUGCAUGCCGAGUCGCUAGAAGCCGUAGUCAUUUGUGUUUGGCCACAUAGUGCAUUUGGUGUGUAGUUUUGUUUCGUUAUGCGCUCCACAACCAGUGUUGCUACAGCCAUAGGUUGGCAAACCCACUUGGGAGUCUACUCGCACUCGGACCAACACGAGUGAGUGCGAUUGAGCCCAGUUGAGUAGAAUUUUCUCGGGGUGAGACCAAGUGAGUCCGGCUAAUAUAAUUCACGUGAAUUUUGUCCUAGUGAGCCCUAAGCAAUAAAUAUAUUUUGUGAGUGAA